AUAAAAUAAGUCAGUUGUUAUAGAGACUCCGCGGGUGUAGGUUCGGUUGCCGGUUAGAACUGUUUUGUUAUUGUGUUUUAUUUUGUUAGGUUAGCAAUGCUGUCAUCGACGAUGUUCCGACGGGAUUCACAGGCGUCGGAGAAACCGCUGGACAUAGACCAGGUCUCCAACCCCGACCGCAGCAGGUCAAACAGUCCAAAGAACAUGAGGUACUAUAAAGAAGAUGACAAGACGAACGUCAGUGCCAAGAAAUCCUUCUGCAUAGACGCGCUGCUAUCAAAACAUGUUGAACCAGAGCAGACUAUACAGGAGAUGGCGCAGCAGAAGUAUCUAGCCCUGAUACAGAACAAGAAUUACAUCACCAGAUAUCAGAACGAGAAUUACGACACGCAAAUCGAGCAGAAUACUAUAAGCAAGUGCCAGAAUAGACCUCCCAGCCAGAACUUCGAUAGGGCCAGCAGUCCCAGGUCUCUGGCGAGCAGCCCCAGGAGCGGCAGUCCGGGGUCUGAAGACGGGAACCGCUCAGAUAACUACAGCCCACCGAUUUCGCCUGGAGUGGAAGGCGGCACUGACGAAUACGAUAACUAUAGACCUGGCAUAAUCCCGAAACCCGGUCUACUGCAGCCUCCGAUGUCCCAACCCCUGCUGUAUCCGCCUCAGAUGAUGCAGUCGGCUUUCCAUCACCCCGGAGACAGAGUCCUGCAUCAGAUGCAGCUGGAAUGGCUGGCUCGGACUGGAAUGUUCUACCACAGGAUACCAGAGCUGGGAGGUGCCCCUCACGCUCUUCUCGGUAAGACAAGAAGACCACGGACCGCGUUCACGUCACAGCAGUUGUUGGAACUUGAGAAGCAGUUCCGCAUGAACAAAUACCUGUCCAGACCAAAGAGGUUCGAAGUAGCCACCAGUUUGAUGCUCACAGAGACACAGGUGAAAAUAUGGUUCCAAAACCGUAGAAUGAAGUGGAAGCGGUCGAAAAAAGCACAACAGGAUACGAAGAUCAAAGAACCGCAGAGCCACGACGACAAAAACAAACCUAAGGACGUACCAGUGGCUGAACACGACAAACAACCUUCACAGCACAUAGCGGCAGAUUUGACAUCUGUCAAGCCGGCCCCGCUGUUAGACAGAGACAGAAUCAUAGCGCUAGAGAGAGAGAGAGCGAUGGCCGCCGCCAAUUUCAAUUCGAAUUUGGAAAACAAUAGACGCGGAUUGGUCGUCAUGAACCAAGAUGGCGGCCGGCCCGGCAUUGACAUGUUCAGGCCUUACGUAGUAUGAAAGUGAAUCAAAUUUUUCGGUUUAAUUAAAUUAAUUUAAGCAAAAAAAAAAGUACGUUGCUUGAUUUCAAUUUGUCUUGUAUACGGUGUAUUUUAAGGAAUAUUUCUAGUCCUAGAGAUGUGCAAGGUUUUUAUAGUAAGUGUAAACCAUACCUCAGAUGUUUAAAUGUUUUAGGGAUACGUGAAAUAAUUUCCGUUUGAAACCCAGAAUAUAUUAGACCAAAAUGUAGUCAAACAUUUAGAAUUAGUGACAUGAUUGUACCAAAUCAAUAAAAACAAUAGAGAACGGGAAGUUACAUGAGUUAAGUUGGUAAUACUGUAAAAACAUUAAUGAAUUGUAUGUAUAAUAAGUACUUAAUUUGAACUGAUACAGGCCAAAUAUAGAUUAUAUAAUGAUUAUAAUAAAAUAUAUUGAUAUAGAUUAAUUUAAGGACAUUAAAUAUAAUUUUUAAUGUGAAUAUUACGGCAUCUUUACGAUUGUAUUAUUUGAAAAAAAAAAAACUAAUUUGAGGUAAUUA